AUGAAGCUCACUUCAUCCGCUCUUUUCUUGCUGGCCAACGCCCUCCCGCUGGUUUCGGGCCACUACGUCUUCUCUACGCUUAUCGUCGACAGUGAAUCCACCCAGGAAUACGAGUAUAUCCGCAAGAACAGCAACGGAUACCAGCCCACCCUGGCCUCCGACAUCCUGAGCAAUGACUUCCGCUGCAAUUCCGGCUCUAUGGCCUCCGCCGCCAGCACCAAGACCUACCAAGUUGCGCCCGGGGCCGAGAUUGGCUUCAAGCUCGGCUUCGGUGCCACCAUGAAACACCCCGGCCCUCUGCAGAUCUACAUGUCCAAGGCCCCAGGCGACGUGACCAAGUACGACGGCUCCGGCGACUGGUUCAAGGUCUACCAGGAGGGCGUCUGCAGCGAUAUUUCGGGCGGCCUCAAGGACGAGGACUGGUGCACCUGGGACAAGGACACCGCGUCCUUCACCCUUCCCAAGGAUAUCCCGGCCGGGCAGUACCUGGUGCGCGUCGAGCACAUCGGCCUACAUCGCGGGUUCAGCGGCAACGCCGAGUUCUACUUCACCUGCGCCCAGAUCGAAGUCACCGGCUCAGGUGCCGGCUCGCCCAGCCCGGUGGUCAAGAUCCCCGGCGUGUACAAGCCCGACGACGCGAACAUCCAUUUCAACAUCUACAACCCCGUACCGACGUCGUACGAUCUUCCCGGCCCUGCCAUCUGGUCUGGCGGUGGUGACUCCUCUGCCGCCCCGGUUGUCUCUGCUCCCGAUUCCAACAACGCCGUCGCCGCUACUUCUGUUGUUCCGACUACCCUGGCGACCGUUUCCAAGGCUCCGACGGCGGUUCCUGCGCCUUCAUCGAACAAUACGAUCAAGAAAUACUACCAGUGUGGCGGUCAAGGAUGGACAGGCUCUGGCUCCUGCGAAGCUGGCACUACCUGCCGGGCGUGGAACCCCUGGUACUCCCAGUGUGUGUAG